AAGAAGAGCUGUGGACUUUUGCGCUUCGUUAAGUCGCAGCGGCUAAGUGAAUUAUGACUUUGAAGGCCGACAGCAGGCAAAGAUGCAAUGGAGGUCAAUAGUCGUGGGUCUCCUUGUUUUAAGAGUGCUGCUCAAUUGCGCGGUGUGGCUCGUGUUUGGACUGGGACCCAGCUGGGGCUUUGACUUCCCCAUUAAAUUCACGUUCAACUCGCAUAAAAUUGAACUUUUCAAUGAUGGCGAAAGAGCCACCGUGAAAACUAACGCCUGGUUGCGGCACCUUUAUGACAGCAGAAACCCUCAAGCGAAGACCUGCUCCAAGAUCAGCGGGAAUUCGCCAAAGAAGUCCUACCUCAGUUUCUUUGAGGAGGGCAGAGAUGAGUAUGACAGAAAGUACAGCUCUUUCCCGGACGCCCUUAAAGUCAAGAUGAGGGCCAUGGCGCGGGACAUGUUUUAUUUCGGAUAUGAUAACUACAUGAAGUUUGCCUUUCCAGAGGAUGAACUGAACCCUAUAGCAUGUGAAGGUCGAGGGCCUGAUGUGCUCAAUCCGUCAAAUAUCAACAUUAAUGAUGUUCUUGGAAACUACUCUUUAACUCUCAUCGAUACUCUUGAUACACUGUUGGUUCUCGGAAAUGUGACCGAAUUUCAUCGAGCUGUUAAAUUGGUGAUUGAUACAGUAUCUUUUGACAAGGACUCCACUGUUCAAGUCUUUGAGGCCAACAUCAGAAUCCUUGGCAGUUUGAUCUCAGCCCACAUUCUGCUGACUGACCCACGGCACCCGUUUGGAGAUGUAGGACUGAAAGACUAUGACAAUGAGCUGCUACACCUGGCACAUGAUCUUGCCGUUCGACUACUACCUGCUUUCGAGAACACUAGCACAGGCAUCCCUUAUCCAAGGGUGAAUUUAAAGAAUGGUGUUCCUCCUGACAGCAUUAAUGAGACUUGUACGGCAGGGGCAGGCUCUCUGCUCGUGGAGUUUGGUAUUCUUAGCCGUCUGAUUGGUGACUCUACAUUUGAAUGGGUCGCCCGGCGGGCUGUUAAAGCUCUGUGGAAAUUAAGAAGUAAUGAAACUGGACUAUUGGGGAAUGUGGUUAAUAUUCAGACUGGCCAGUGGGUGGGCAAGCAGAGCGGUCUGGGCGCCGGCAUGGACUCAUUUUAUGAGUACCUCCUCAAGUCUUACAUCUUGUUUGGAGAGAAAGAAGACUUUAGGAUGUUCACUGCAGCCUAUGAGAGCAUUCAGAGCCACCUGAGAAGAGGAAGAGAGGCGUGUAAUGAAGGAGAAGGUGACCCACCACUCUAUGUGAAUGUGAACAUGUUCAACGGACAGAUCAUGAACACAUGGAUUGACUCUCUGCAGGCAUUCUUCCCUGGACUACAGGUUUUAAACGGAGAUGUUGAAAAUGCCAUUUGCCUUCAUGCCUUCUACUAUGCAAUCUGGAAGCGUUUCGGUGCUCUUCCUGAGAGGUACAACUGGCAGCUUCAGGCCCCAGAUGUCCUUUUCUACCCCUUAAGACCUGAACUAGUGGAGUCCACAUACCUGCUCUAUCAGGCAACCAAGAAUCCAUUUUAUCUUCAUGUUGGGAUGGACAUUCUUGAAAGCCUUGAAAAAAAUACCAAAGUGAGGUGUGGUUACGCUACUCUUCAUCAUGUAGUGGAUAAAUCCAAAGAAGAUCGCAUGGAGAGUUUCUUCCUCAGUGAAACCUGCAAAUACCUUUACUUGCUCUUUGAUGAAGACAACCCACUGCACAAGUCUGAGAAUAAGUACAUCUUCACUACAGAAGGCCAUGUAGUUCCAAUAGAUCAGCGUUUCAGGGAGAGAAGUUGGGAAGAGCAGUUCCCAAAUGAAGAGGCCAGGAAAGACCCAAGAGCCAACAUAAGCAAUUGUGACCGGAUUCCUGAAGAGAGACGUUAUGGUCUUCCACUAAAGAGCAUGUACAUGAGGCAAAUAGACCACAUGGUGGGGCUGUCCUGACGUCAGUCCUGCCUCCUGUAGGUCUGACAUACACACAAACCCCCUGGAGGUACUCAACAACUCUCCAAACAGAACUUUUUAGUCUCAUUUUGCACAUUGAGAUUUUUUUUUUAUCAACAAAUCAACUAGCACCAAUUGUUCUUUUUUUUGUUCCAGUGUGUCUUUUUUGUGGCAUGAAAGUGUCACUCUUAAGUUAGAUCAGGUAUUUGGAUUUGGUUACAUUUUCGGAUCCAGCCAGCAAACAUCCACAGCAUAAAGCAAACUUGUUCAGGGCAGUUCGGCUGUUCAGAAUUGUAACAACAGUUAUUAUUAUUAUUUUUUUUAUUCUUGGGCUGAUUUCUAUAUUGUGCAAUCGAGUGUGUUUACACACCCAGUGUUACACGGUUUCUUCAGUGCCAUGUUUAAUGAAACUUGAUCUAGUAUUACAAAAGGGCUCUGUUGGGUGAACGAAUAGUAUGUUUGCAUGUUUCAGAUGUUCUUCUCAAGGAACAAGCUCUUAAAUAAGCUCAUGAUGACAGCUGAAUCAUUAUACGCCUUUCAGAAACACGCACAACAGAGGGGCUACAUUUUCUGCAAAUCUCAAAAAUCAUCAAAUCCACACGUUCUUUAUCUUUUCAUAUUUUGUGCCUUGGUUUGAAAGAUGUACAACACUUAUAUUUUUGCAUGAUUCAACAUUUCCGAUUGCACUGAUUUCAUUUUUUUUGCUAUCAGUGCAUUGAGAUAAAUGAAAAGGUUUGGUUAUGUAGCAUACAUGUUUGGUAUGUUUUGAUCCAAAUUAACAUUGAAAACUGUAUUUAAUUAAGUGCGUUUUCCACAGCAGCUCAAACAAGUGUUGCAAUUUUCCUCUCUCUCUCUCUCUGUUAGGUCUGGACAUUUAUACUAACAAUAAAUCCUUAAACAAUAUGAAGUUUGUUGGACCAAAUAUUACAUUUAACAAAAAAAGUGCCUUAUUCAUAUUUUCAUUUUCCUUCAGCGCUCAGGAUUAAUAGUAUGCCAUAAUGCAGUCACUCUGAGGUGAUGUGCAUGUAAUGUGUACGUUUCUUAACUCUUUUGUUUUUAUGCAUAUGUGUUGUUAGUGCAAAUGUUUUCUGAACAAAAGUUGACAAUAAGGGAUGAUCAAUAUGCUGGUAAGAGAAGAAUUCAUUUUGUUGGUGUUAUAGAUCAUGAUUUAUUUCGGGCACAUAGGGAGGAUACUGUCAGUAAUUACUUAGGGGGUUGUAUUUAUUCAGAUUGUUUUUUAUUAGAUGCAGGUAUUCUAAUUCAAAUUGUUUCAUGUUGAUCUGCUUGAUUUUAUUGUUAUUUAACCUUUAGUCCAAAUGGAGACGGAGGUUGAUGUCUACACUGCAUUUUAUCAAAUGAAAGAAAAAUAAUAAUAAAAACGUUACUUAAAAAAA